AUGAACGUCGAAGAAGAGGUAGAGAUCCUGAGUGACUCUGAAGAUAUGAUUAGCAUCACUUCAGCUGCUUCCCAAACAAGUUCAUUGACGCAGACAAAAAUCACAGGAACAUUUCGAAGCAGCAAGUAUUUGGAAGAAAGGAUCGAGAAAAUCACAUGCUUACUUGCUGAAAUGAUUUCUACAGAUAUGCUACCACUAAGCUUUGUGGAAUGUAAAGGAUUUCAGAAAUUUAUGAAAUUUCUCGAACCGACAUACAAAAUUCCUUCAAGAGGUACUGUGCUGAGUCGUGUAAAAUUAUUAUACGACAUCAAGACCAGUGAAGUCAAGAAUUUGUUGUCUGAAGCUAAAAAUGUGGCAAUCACAACCGAUAUGUGGACUAUUACUGGUCAUGUAAUAGACAGUACAUGGAAGUACAACAAUGUGACAUUAUGCACUGUCGAAAUUUCGGAGACACACACUUCAGAAAAUUUAAAAAAUAAAUUGGCUGAACUAUUGGGAGUUUGGAAUAUUGAAGGUAAAAUAUCUGCUGUUGUUCAUGACAAUGCUGCAAAUAUUACAGGGGCUGUUUCGAAGAACAGGAACUUGUUUGGUGAUAGCAUACCCUGCUUUGUACAUACCCUACAGCUGUGCAUUAAUAGGGCCCUAUCAGUCGGUAAUGUUCAUGAUAUUGUGAAGAAAGCUAGAAAUGUAGUAAGUCAUUUUCAUCAUUCCAGCUUAGCCUACUAUAAUUUGAAACAGAAGCAAGAGCAACUACAACUGCCAAUACAUAAACUAAUAAAUAAAAACAUCACUAGGUGGAACAGCACUUACCACAAGCUUGAAAGACUGCUAGAACAACGGCCAGCAAUUCCAGCUGUUCUCAAUGAUCGCUCUGUGACAAACAUUAGGACAGCUGAGUCACUUGAAAUAACUGAGCAGGAAUGGGCGAUAACAGGAAUGCUGGUCGUGAUCUUAAGACCAUUUGAAAUGAGUACCAACUUAUUGUCAUCCGAAAAGGCUGUAACAUUGUCAGCAGCAAAACGAUUGAUGUCUUCGUUAAUGAGAAGAUGUAUAGAGAGAAUUAAUGAAGAGGAAUCUAUCCAUAUGAAAAUGUUUAAAAAACUAAUAAAAACUGAAUUAAUGGAUAGAUUUCUCUAUAAUGUUGACGAUGGAAAUUUAACAGUUUUUGAUAUGGCAAGCAUAUUAGAUCCCAGAUACAAAGAUGAAGUUCCUGAUAAUGUAAAACAAAAGGCAAUAGUGUUGUUAAGUUGUAUGGAAGAGACAUCCCCCAUUACGAUUGAAGAAGAAUCUUCUGAAAUAGGAAGAUACUAUUUAGAUGUAUUAUUCGAUGAGGAAAGAGAAAAUGCUAUGCCUACUAUUACAAAAUCAGAAAUUGAUAUAUACAUUACUGAGCUGAUACUGUAG